AAUUAUUCUGCCUUUUUGAUAAGAAACUGUUUUGCAAGAAUGUUGUAUAAAUGGAUGAAGCCCAAAUGCUACACAUCUCUACAAGAAGAAUCUGAUAAUUGAAUGUGCAAAGUGAGGAUUUGGUGCUUUUUUGUGCAACGUCAUUACAUGUGAGGUUAGGGAGGAAGACCUGUGGGAGGACAGGAGGAAGAUAUAUAUGGAGGCUUCAGACCAUCUGAAGCUUUAGUCACCAUGAGGACGUCUCAGAAACGCCAAGUGUCCAUCCUUCUUCCUAACAAGCAGCACCUGGACUGUAAUGUCAGGGUGAGAGCCAGAGGCCAGGAGGUGUUGAACAGAGUGUUGAAGCAGCUGGGCGUCAGUGAGCUCCAGGUCCUUGGUCUGGCUGUUCUCAAAGAUAAUGAAUACCUCUUUGUUGAUUUGGAGCAAAAGCUUAGCAAAUACUUUGGCAAAACAUGGAAGAGAGGAUCCUUAAUGGUCCCAUUCAUCUUGUUUCUGAGGGUGCAUUAUUAUGUAGAGAGUGGGCUGCUGAUAAUGAGCAGCAAGGUGCAGCAGCUGUACUACGCUGAGCUGAGGCAAAAGGUGCUGCUUUCAAAGAGCCGCCACCAGGAAGCUGUGUUCUUCCAGCUGGCAGCGUCUGCACUGCAGGCUGAGGUCGGAGAUCUGGAGGAGAGGGAAGAGGAGGAGGAUGAAGAGGAGAACAGAAAACACAGACUUUACUUUCUUCCUGAGGAUUACUUUCCCUCAUGGCUGAUAAAGCGUCGUGGGCGGGACUUCCUGCUCCAGCACUGCCCGGGGUUACACGCUGAGCUGAGAGGUGUGACACGAGGCCAAGCCAUCCUGCAGUUUAUAAAAGAGGCCGGGUACCUGCAGGAUGGAGCAGUCACCUUCUACAGGAUGAGACAGGAGAAAAAGGAGCUGAGAAGUUUAAUCCUUCUUGGUGUUGCAUCGAAAGGAGUGCAUAUUUAUCAGGAGGUGGAAGGGAAGCUGUGCCUGUUGUAUGAUUUGACCUGGACCCACGUUGACCGCCUUACUUUCCAGGGCAGCAGGUUUGAGAUCUCUGCAGUGGGCUCUCUGUGCCUCCCUCAGCUGGUGUUUUACACGGCUUCAGCCUGCCACUCCAAACACAUCCUGACACACCUCAGAGACAGCCACCGGCUCCACAUCAACACCAGAGCUGCAGUCUGCUGCAUCAAACAGCUGGAGGACAUGCAGGCAAGUCACUUGUACAAAGAGGCCUACAUCUGUGACACAACACGUUUAGCACAAAGACUUCAGACCAACAGCCUCUCAUCAUCCAUGUCCGACUGCAGUGUGGCAAUCCAAACAACCACAGCCUGGUCCAAAGAGGAGGAGUGUGAGGAAGAACAAGUCAGAGAGUUUGAGCUGUGUGUGGACGAACCAGAGGAGAUAUUUGUCGAUGAGGUGUUGUGGACGGCUGAGCUGUCAGUCGAUGAACCUCUGAUUUUCCCCUCUUUUUAUUGGACAGCUGUUGCCAUGGAAAUGAAACAGGUGAGCUGGUCUUUCUGGUUACAAAUUUCAAGCAAAACCCAACAUCAAUAAUGUCAGUGUUUCCUCUCAUGUCUAUGCAGGUUCUGAGGAGGAGAACCGAUGAAGGGGUUUCUGUGGACUAAUAUACUGCCAGAGGCAAGAGGGGUUCAUUGCAAGCUGAGAACAAGACUACUAAUAUUACUGCAUGCUCACAUGAUGUUGUUGUUAGCAAUUCAAGUAAAAGUACUCGUGCAUUGAGGUCUUCGCAUUCAGUAGAAAUAAAUGAGUAUGUAAGAAUAUGAGGAAAAUAAAAUGAUACAUUCAAGUUAUGUCAGUCU